AUGUCCAAGGGACAUACGAAAAUCUCGGGAGCGAUGGUCUUGAAGCCGUCGACAGACCGGCAUCAUGUCAAAAUCAAGCAAAUAUCGCCGGACGAGACGGUCCCGCUUCGCCACACAGUACUGUGGCCCAGCCAUCCCGUGUCGCACGUCCUACUCCCUGAGGACAACCAGGGUUCUCACUAUGGAGCUUCCCUCCCGCACGGCGACCAUCCAAUCGCCGUCAUUUCUGUCUUCAAAGAACCGCUGCCUUGCGAUGUGACACAGGAAGCCAAACUACUCGACUCGGAACGGCCCGCGGUCGCAGCACGCUUCCGCAAAUUUGCCUGCGAGCCGUCUCAUCAAGGACGCGGCAUCGGCACAAGGUUACUGAAGCACGUCUUCGAGGUAGCUGCUAGCGACCUUGGGUGCGAUGUCAUUUGGUGCGAUGCGCGGCUUGCCACGGCGGAGUGGUACGAGCGGAGAGGGAUGUCCCGCUUCGGAGAGAUCUUCCACAAGGGAGACAUACCUUACGUCCGUAUGAAAGCGUCUCUGAACCACUAA